CCGGGCGAUCGAGAGCCUGUGCGCUCCAGCCACCGGAGUGAGGGCGCGUCGCUGUGUCCCAGCUAUGGCCGAACCUCCCCGCAGCAGGAGCAACCGCUCCCGAGCUGCUCGCCCAGCUCCCUGAGCGCUCUCCCUUUGCGAUCUCUAGAAAACCCCGCGUUCUUUCUGGGGCCGUGGCGAGGGGCAGGGAGAGGCAAGGAUGCGCUGAGCACCGCUAGGGCGCGCGUCCUGGGUGCUGCCGUGGGUCCCGACGCGGAGCCGAGCUGCCUCGGCCUGCCUCGACUUCCCCACUGCGCGCCUGCCGCCUUCGGCCGCCCUGGAUGUGCAGAGAGAAGCCGGACACCAUGAUCCUAACACAAAUUGAAGCCAAGGAAGCAUGCGAUUGGCUACGGGCAACUGGUUUCCCCCAGUACGCUCAACUUUAUGAAGAUCUCCUGUUCCCCAUUGAUAUUUCCUUGGUCAAGAGAGAGCAUGACUUUUUGGACAGAGAUGCCAUUGAGGCUCUAUGCAGGCGUCUAAAUACUUUAAACAAAUGUGCGGUGAUGAAGCUAGAAAUUAGUCCUCAUCGGAAGAGAAGUGAAGAUUCAGACGAGGAUGAGCCUUGUGCCAUAAGUGGCAAAUGGACUUUCCAGAGGGACAGCAAGAGGUGGUCCCGGCUUGAAGAGUUUGAUGUGUUUUCUCCAAAGCAGGACCCCAUCCCCGGGUCCCCAGACGACUCCCACCCAAAGGAUGCCGCGAGCCCUGGGGGCGUGCUGAUGGACCUCGGCGAGCACCAGGAGGUGUCCUCCGUCCGCAGCCUGAGCAGCACCAGCAGCCUCCCCAGCCACGCGCCCCCCAGCGAGGACACCGCAACCCCCCGGACUAACUCUGUCAUCAGCGUCUGCUCCUCCAGCAACUUCGCGGGCAAUGACGACUCUUUCUGCAGCCUGCCCUCUCCCAAGGAACUGUCCAGCUUCAGCUUUAGCAUGAAAGGCCACGAGAAGAACGCCAAGUCCAAGACGCGCAGCCUGCUGAAACGGAUGGAAAGCCUGAAGCUCAAGGGCUCCCACCACGGCAAGCACAAGGCACCGUCCAAGCUGGGCCUGGUCAUCAGUGGGCCCAUUCUGCACGAGGGGGUGGACGAGGACAAGCUGAAGCAGCUGAACUGCGUGGAGAUCUCCGCCCUCAACGGCAACCGCAUCAACGUCCCCAUGGUACGAAAGAGGAGCGUCUCCAACUCCACGCAGACCAGCAGCAGCAGCAGCCAGUCUGAGACCAGCAGCGCCGUCAGCACGCCCAGCCCUGUCACCAGGACCCGGAGCCUCAGUGCCUGCAACAAGCGGGUGGGCAUGUACUUAGAGGGCUUUGAUCCCUUCAAUCAGUCGACUUUUAACAACGUGGUGGAGCAGAACUUUAAAAACCGCGAGACCUACCCGGAGGACACCGUGUUCUACAUCCCUGAAGAUCACAAGCCUGGCACUUUCCCCAAGGCCCUCUCCAAUGGCAAUUUCUCCCCCUCAGGGAAUAACAGCUCUGUGAACUGGAGGACGGGAAGCUUCCACGGCCCUGGCCACAUCAGCCUACGGAGGGAAAACAGCAGUGACAGCCCUAAGGAACUUAAGAGGCGCAAUUCCUCGAGCUCCGUGAGCAGCCGCCUCAGCAUCUACGACAACGUGCCAGGCUCCAUCCUCUAUUCCAGCUCAGGUGACCUGGCCGACCUGGAGAACGAGGACAUCUUCCCUGAGCUGGAUGACAUCCUCUACCACGUGAAAGGAAUGCAGCGGAUAGUCAAUCAGUGGUCAGAGAAGUUCUCAGAUGAGGGCGACUCCGACUCGGCCCUGGACUCAGUCUCUCCGUGCCCGUCCUCGCCAAAGCAGAUACACCUGGAUGUGGACAACGAUCGGGCCACACCCAGUGACCUGGACAGCACCGGCAACUCCCUGAAUGAACCCGAAGAGCCCUCUGACAUCCCAGAAAGAAGGGAUUCUGGGGUUGGGGCUUCCUUGACCAGGUCCAAUAGGCACAGACUGAGAUGGCACAGUUUCCAGAGCUCUCAUCGACCGAGCCUAAACUCUGUAUCACUGCAGAUUAACUGCCAGUCUGUGGCCCAGAUGAACCUGCUGCAGAAAUACUCGCUCCUAAAGUUAACGGCCCUGCUGGAAAAAUACACACCUUCUAACAAGCAUGGUUUUAGCUGGGCUGUGCCCAAGUUCAUGAAAAGGAUCAAGGUUCCAGACUACAAGGACCGGAAUGUGUUUGGGGUCCCUCUGACGGUCAACGUGCAGCGCACAGGACAGCCCCUGCCGCAGAGCAUUCAGCAGGCUAUGCGCUACCUCCGGAACCACUGUUUGGAUCAGGUUGGGCUUUUCAGAAAAUCGGGCGUCAAAUCCCGGAUUCAGGCUCUGCGCCAGAUGAACGAAGGUGCCAUAGACUGUGUCAACUACGAAGGACAGUCUGCUUACGACGUGGCAGACAUGCUGAAGCAGUAUUUUCGAGAUCUUCCUGAGCCACUCAUGACAAAUAAACUCUCAGAAACCUUUCUGCAGAUCUACCAAUAUGUACCCAAGGACCAGCGCCUGCAGGCGAUCAAGGCGGCCGUAAUGCUCCUGCCUGAUGACAACCGGGAGGUUCUCCAGACCCUUCUUUAUUUCUUGAGCGAUGUCACAGCGGCUGUAAAAGAAAACCAGAUGACUACAACCAACCUGGCCGUGUGCUUAGCGCCUUCCCUCUUCCACCUCAACACCCUGAAGAGAGAGAAUUCCUCCCCAAGGGUAAUGCAAAGAAAACAAAGUUUGGGCAAACCAGAUCAGAAAGAUUUGAAUGAAAACCUGGCUGCCACUCAGGGGCUGGCCCACAUGAUUGCGGAGUGUAAGAAGCUUUUCCAGGUUCCUGAGGAAAUGAGCCGCUGUCGUAAUUCCUAUACCGAACAGGAGCUGAAGCCCCUCACCCUGGAAGCCCUGAGCCGCCUGGGUAAUGCUGAAUCCACUGACUACCAGCACUUCCUCCAGGACUGUGUGGACGGCCUGUUCAAAGAGGUCAAAGAGAAGUUUAAAGGCUGGGUCAGCUACUCGACUUCGGAGCAGGCCGAGCUGUCCUAUAAGAAGGUGAGUGAAGGACCCCCACUAAGGCUCUGGAGGUCAACCAUCGAAGUUCCCGCUGUGCCUGAGGAAAUCUUAAAGCGCCUACUUAAAGAACAGCACCUCUGGGACGUAGACCUGUUGGAUUCGAAAGUGAUCGAGAUCCUGGACAGCCAGACUGAAAUUUACCAGUACGUCCAGAACAGCAUGGCACCCCACCCUGCUCGGGACUACGUGGUUUUGAGAACCUGGAGGACUAAUUUACCCAAGGGAGCGUGUGCCCUUUUACUCACCUCUGUGGAUCAUGACCGGGCGCCUGUGGUGGGCGUGAGGGUUAAUGUGCUCUUGUCCAGGUAUUUGAUUGAACCCUGCGGGCCAGGGAAAUCCAAACUCACCUACAUAUGCAGAGCUGAUUUAAGGGGCCACAUGCCAGAGUGGUACACAAAAUCUUUUGGACAUUUGUGUGCAGCUGAGGUUGUAAAAAUCCGGGACUCCUUCACUAACCAGAAUACUGAAACCAAAGACACCAAAUCUAGGUGAUUACUGAAGCAAAGCAACUGUGUCCACCAUCCGGGUGUUCAUUCGUAGAACCUUGCCAGUCCCUGGAAGAAUGGGUUCCAUGUCUGAUCCUCAAAACUACAAGUUGGAGUGUAGGAAUUGACUAUAGCAAUUUGAUACAUUUUUAAAGCUGCUUCCUGAUUGUUUAAGGUCUAUAUUAAUAGACCUUGACUGGAAUAUAUAAGACUGUGCAAAAAAAAAUGUAUUUGUAUUCUUAUUCAGAUUGCUUCUGAGAAGCAAAACUAAAUACAUUACAGAAGAUAAUGAAGAUACUUUGUUCUCUUGUGA